AUGCAGAUGGCUUUAGUGUUGUUCGACUUGCGGCUUUCGAUCGUUGUUCAGACACAUAGGUGUCACCCUGAGGCCUAUUUAGGCCAUUUAGUGGCAGGCACGAAAGCAGAUGUUCAGGUUGACGACGCCCAUUCGGAAUUGGACUUGCUGGCCGGCGUGGUCGGUGGCAGCUGGAAUCUGCCAUCUGGUGACCCCUUGCAGCUGACUUGUGAUAACAGAUCAGAGCGUGUUUGCAGCGAGGUUGGAAAGAAAGAAAUGUCUCGGUGGUGGUCCUGGGACUGGGAAUCGCACAAGGCCUCGUGGGACAUCAGGCAGAGCACCUAG